AUGCCGAUUAGACCGCGUGCUCAGGCCCGAUCACAUCAUUUAACCUGCAUGGCUGAGCCCGAUGAGACCGCACUGCCGGAGAACAUGAGGAUCGGAAACCCAAGAAUCAAAGCCUACAACAGUGACGAUACGGUCUUCAAUGGUGGUCCUGAAAGCAAAACAGCGAGCUUGAAUUUCAUCAUCCGUGUAGAUGUGCUCGAGCCCGCGGACCCGAACAAGGCAGAGGCCUUUCUUUCCGUGGAACCGGCAAGGCCAGAGACCUUCCUUUCCAUCGGAACAAGCCGAGACAACGAUGUGUUGCUCCCGGGCGGAGCGAGUUUAGCAAGUGAAAAGGGCCCUGGCAUUACUGCACAUCAAAACAUCAAUAGAAAGUACCACGAUCGCCAGCUAUCCCUCGUCCUAACAGGACGGAUGGGAGAGCUUACGCUAGUAAAUUUGACUGGGAAUCCUGGAGAGGUCGAUCUCUACAAGCGCACAACUCACAACGGUCAGUCAAAGCCCAGGAGAUUCUCGGACGACGAACAUCAACCACUACUUAUCCCGAGGGUGGGCUCCGGUCUUGAGCAUGCCAGCAAUGGCCUUUGGCCGCCCGAGGCUAUUGAGGAGAUAUGCAUUCGUAUCGGAGGCCACCUUGAGGACAACCGGGGAGCCUUGUUCACGAUUACAUGGGGGCCCCAGUUCCUUGCAGAUCCGGUCAUGGCCCGUUUGCGACUAAUUAGAGCCUCGAAAAGUCUAGGUCCUGAGCCAAAAGUGGACCAAACGACAGUGGACAAGUUUGAGUUGGGGAAGUAUUACAAAUACCCGACACAGUCCAGGAGCAAAUACGGCGAAGUUCUUAGUUACUUCCACGUGCUCUCAGGGCAAGUCUUUGUCGCCCUUGAACGAAAAAUUAUAAGGGAGGAAGAAGACAUGCCCCCCAAACGCGUGAAGGAAAUCAGGGAUUGGACCCAACAACUAGAUUCGGAUGGAAGACUUGCGAGAGGUGUAUCCCAUUGGAACCAGAGUCAUGCUGCAGCCGCUUCCAAUAUCAACCCCUGCUGGCCGGGUGACCUGGUCCACCACGUGUCUAGCGCGCUAGAGUACCUGUCGAGGGAAAAUAUCGUCCACCGCAAUAUGCAACCUCAAAAUAUAUUCUUUACCAUCUCUCCCAACGAUAAGAGAAGGCUGAAGUUCUUCCUUGGCCCUGGAGACUAUUAUUCACUCAACAAAGGAGGCAAAACUGGCUCGAAAGAUGGCAGCAGUCCUGGUCAGGGGGCUAACGAAAGAGGGUUUGAGUAUCCCUCAGAUACGAAGAUGGAAUACGACUUCAUGUUGGCGCCCGAAGAAAGAGCAAAACUUGGGCCAGAACUAAAAUCGGAUAUAUGGCGGGCCGGUCUUCUUUUCGCCCAGGUCCAAGGCCAAAUUCCAUUGCAGGAUCAAACGCCGUGGGAUUGGGAGCUCUCACGGUUCAAGGCUUACUGCAGCAGAAAGGGGUUCGAUUUAGACUUUAGCAACUACGAAGAGAAGGAGGACAAGUCGCCCUGGUUGCGGCGGAUUGACCUCCUCGUCAAAAGCGGCUGCCUAGGGGCUAUGGUUGGAGCUAUGCUGAGGCUGCUGCCUGGCAAGCGCCCAACGGCAGCACAAAUGCUCGAGAUUGCGAGAGAACAUGCCCAUGAUCUCAAGACCCUGUUCGAGCUCGACCCAACAAGAGAAACUGCCAGGGGGGCCGGCGGGCGAGCACAGCAGGCGACUGGCAAGGCUUCCACCGUCACUACCACCACCACCACCGCCCGGCCGCAGACAUCAUCCAAUUCCAGCAGGCAGUCCGCACCCCACGCGGCGACGAUCACUGGGGGCGGUUCGCAGCGGGGCGGCCCCUCAGCAAGGACACCAACACCAACACCAACACCACCAGCGACAGCAACAGCAAAAGUGACAACAGCGAAGGGGCGACCUGGCGACGCCCCAUCCCCUGGCCCAAUCCCUCCUCCUCGUCUUGUUCGAGCCGCGAGAAAAUUAUCCGAGGAAACGAAGCCGGAUGACGCCAUGGACGUAGACGAGUAA